AUGGCUAGGAACAUUCCUACUCUUCAUCUUUAUAACAAACUUUCUUUACUUCCUCCUUCUAUAACAUAUUUUGUAACUGUUCUGUUAGUCUUUGCAAUAAUCUCUAUGGUGGCAUUUUUAUGUGGAGUUGGUGCUCACAAGAGGGAAAAGGAGAAGAAAAAGAGUGUGCAGUUGGGUGGUAAAAAGCCAGUUGGAAGGUUAGAGAGCAACAUAAGUAGUACUAAAGCUCUUUUGAUGGCCAAAAUAAUAUCUUGGAGAAAAGAGCAAGAUGAAGAUGAUAAUCAACCAAAGGAAAAUUGGGAAGAUGAGAAUGCACUGUGGAAAAGAACAAUUAUUAAAGGAGAAAAAUGCAGACCAUUGGAUUUUUCAGGCAAGAUUUCAUAUGAUGCUAAAGGAAAUAUGGUGUUGGAUUAA